AUGGCCCCAAAGGAGGUUAAGAUCAUCUACCUCCGUGCAGUUGGUGGUGAAGUUGGUGCAUCAUCCGCACUCGCACCAAAGAUUGAUAUCGCCAAGGCAUCCGGUGACUGGAAGGGCUUGCGUGUAACUGUUCAACUUACCGUCCAAAACCGUCAAGCAGCUGUCUCUAUCGUUCCAUCAGCUUCAUCUUUGGUCAUCAGAGCAUUGAAGGAGCCACCACGUGACAGAAAGAAGGACAAGAACGUCAAGCACUCCGGUUCUAUCCCACUCGAUGAGAUCAUCAACAUCGCCAGAACAAUGAACUACAAGUCUCUCUCAAAGAACUUGUCAGGUACUGUCUUGCAGAUUUUGGGUACUUGCCAAUCCGUCGGCUGCACCGUCGACAGAAAGCAACCACACGACCUCAUUGAAGCUAUCAAGGAGGGCGAAGUUGAAAUUCCACUUGAGUAA